CUUUCGCAAACUUUGAUCCAACAUAGUUGAAGUUGUGGAGAGACACACAUUGAAGCGAAAUUUUAAUUCCAUUUGUCCAUAAAUUUCAUAAACAUGCUGAAAUUGUUCUUUAUUUUCGGAAUUGUCGGAUUCGGAUUCGUCGAGUCGCAAUACAAUACUGGCCCACCAACUAACAACAACCCUUGUGCGCAGCACCAAUGUCCACCCAACUUUCGUUGCCAGAUUCAGCAAGUGCAGUGCUUCAACCCCCCUUGUAACAGCAUCGCGACCUGCCAACCAAUUCAGAAUCAGCCCUCACAACCAUCGUGUGCCAGUGUGUCUUGUCGACGAGGAAGCCGUUGCGUCCUUCAACCCGUCCGAUGUUUCCGAGGACCCUGCUACCCGGUUCCCCGAUGCGUAUUUCGUCGAGGUGGAGGGGGAUUCAAUGGAGGAGGAGGAUACUAAUUUUAAAUAAGAUACGGCAGCAACUUUCUCACUAAUAAUAAUAAUUUUGGUGCAUACAUAUGUUCAUUUUAUUACAUUUUCUACCUACACUACAAAUAUGGAAUACAAUAAUGUUGCAAAAAUGAAAGCAAAUGUCCCAGAAUAAACUUUCCAUGAAUCAG